UCGACGGAGGCAAUGACCCUCUCGUUCUCAAGUCUCUCUCGGUCUGUCCGGUGAAACGCAGACAAACCCCGCUCUCUCCGUCGAUCCCCACUCUCUCGCCAGUGAGGGCUGUCUCCCUCGCCGGCGCCCAUCUCUCUCUUCGGUGAAGGCAUCCGGUCUCGUCAGCGCGGGCACAGUGCUUCGCUUCACCUCCUUGCAUCUAACAACAUUUGUUGAAGUCAACACAAGAGAGUCAAUUUGGGGACUCGUUUACGGAUAGAAUCGUACGCCCAUGACCAAGAAGCAAAACCCAAGGUUUAAAUACAGUUCCUGCCCUGAUUUGGUAACUUCUCAGAGGCUCUAAUUCGUGUUCAAGCAAUGGUGUACUUUGAUCUCAAUAUUCCUUACGUAGAGGGAGGUGGAGGACGUGUGGGUGGAGGUGGAGGAAAGGAUAAACAGAAGAGCAUCAGGGUAAAGCUAGUGGUGAUGGCUAUGGAGUUGGGCUACACUGGCAUUGCCUAUAAUUACAACAUCCAUGGAGUUAUGGCUGAUUGCCAUAGGUGCUCUAUCAGCCCCCUCCCUCUCUCCUCCCUCCUCCAGUUGGCUCCUUCCAUCUCUAGUGUCGUCCAAUUCCAUAGGAAGAUCCUCAAAGUUCCCUUGGACUCACCGUUCCGGCAGUAUACUAGAUUGACUGUCACUGUCAACAGCAUGAUUCAGGCUGCAUCGCUUAACUCCGGGAACCCGGUUCUCCAAACAUAUGAUCUGGUGGCAGUUCGACCGACGAACCAGGCUACCUUUGAGCAUGCUUGUCAAAAAGCUCAUGUAGACUUAAUUGCAAUUGAUUUUUCUGAGAAGCUACAGUUCCGGUUGAAGUCUCAGAUGGUGAAAGCUGCAAUACAGCGUGGUCUAUACUUUGAGCUGAUCUAUUCCCCUCUUUUGUCUGACACUAUUGCAAAGUCAGAACUGAUUAAUGGUGCCAAGUUGCUAGUUGGGUGGACUGGAGGAAAGAAUAUUAUUCUAUCAAGUUCUGCAUCUACAGUGAAUGAACUUAGAGGGCCAUAUGAUGUUGCUAAUUUGUCAACAUUGCUUGGUCUUUCCAUGCAGCAUGCUAAGGCUGCUAUGUCUAGGAACUGCAGGUCUCUAAUGACUAAUGUUAUUAGAAAAAAACGAUUCUACAAGGAGGCUAUUAGAGUAGAGGGCAUUUCACCAUCUAUUACUGCUGUGGAUGAAGAUUCUUUGUUUGGUGAUUGGAAAAUGUGGGAUCCUAUUUCAAGUGGUGAAGGUGAUUUAUUAUUGGAAAAUGAACUUAUGGUUGCCAAUUGUCAUGAUCUGGAAAAGGGUUCAUCAGCAUCUGGAUCAAACAAGAUUAAGGAACAGGUGGAAGCCCUACAAUGUAGUAGUGCACAAGAAUUUCAUGGUAGUCAGUUUCCUACGGCGAAAGGUGCUCUACAAUCUUGUGAACUGAGAAAACACAAUGAUUCCCUGACUAGUGCACAGCUAUCAGGACAUGAACAUGAAGAUGCUUUCCUUGUCAAUAAGGAUUCUUCUCUGCAGCAACCAUCAUUGCUGUUACCAUCAGAAUCAUCACUGGAACUGCCAUCGCAUCCCUCACAUGAAAAUUCUGCAAUCGGUGCUUGGACAAAGACAUCUGACGUUGAGAAUAACAUCCAGAAAAUAGAGGUGUAUGAGGUGGUUUCUUCUCGUGAAGAUGUUAGUUGCCCUAAUGUCAUUGUAACAGCUGCAUCAGGUAAGGUGGAAGGAACAAUAUCCCAGGCAGGUGGAGCUUGUCCAUUGGACUGUGGUGCAGGUAUUUGUAUUAACUCAACAGAUGAUGCUGUUGAUUCCCUUGCUAAGAGAUUAGAGUCCCCAUUUGGUAUAUCCUUUGAUAAGCAAGUUACUGAACAUCAAAUUCUAAAUAAUUUUGCUGGAGGACCGUCACCAAUUAAAUGUGACAAUCAGAAUCCCUCUUCUUUUAAUACCCCAUUGCACAUGCUUGAAUCCGGUAAUGAGGGAAGAAUCGUUGAUGCUGUCAUGGAUGAGAAUCUUCCUACAGUGAGCUAUGCAAGACCUGAUGAAUUAUCUUCAUUUAUUAGUGAACAGCCUGGCAGUUCAGAUCCAAAUGGUGCAGCCCAGAGUGCUCCUGAUAUAUCAGUGCAUGACCAGCAAAAUGAUGUCAUCCAUAAUGGUGUUCAUGCUUUAGAAAAAUUUAAAUCAGGAAGAAAAAGCCUUUCGAGGGAUUCGCUCCAUGUGCUCCAUCCUUUAUCACGCAAGAUAAUGAUGAGCCAUAGGUGUGGCAAAAGAAAAAGCAAGGCAAGGCAAAACUCUUGGAGGAAACGAAGGAUCACACUAUAGACUGCUUAAAUUUUCUAAUGAAUUCAAUCUCUCAGAAGUUUAUGAAAUUCAUUGUUUGCUGCGUCCGCAAGGCAUUAAAGUAGAGCUGGUAAUAUUGGUGAAUUGAAACUGAUGAGUUAUAGUCUUAUAGAUCGGCAAAAUGUACAAAAUGAGUAGGAGAAAAAUACAUCAGCUGAUAUAGUUCAAUUUUGUAGUAUGGUAAACCAACGUCGCUGGAAAUAUGAAAUGCUAGAACUGUUAAAGAAGAACCCAAGAUGGUGUAAUGUUGCAAUUCUUUUGAUACGGAUUUUCCACACAAUUUUGAACUGCUGUAAUCUGUGAUGAUGAAUUCUGUUUGUUUUA